AAGGUCUCAAGCCAAUUCCAUUUAAUAACCGUGAUGAAUCUAAAAUAGAAGACCGUUUAAAAUCACUUGAAAAAUUUUUAGAAGAACAUGUUAUAAAUGUUGAAUUAUUAAAAAAAAUAAGUAAGAAAGAUAAUGUUAAUUCGUUAAAUAACAAAUAA